AAGAAAGGUCUUAUGCAAAGGAAUUAAAAAAUUGGUCUAACAUCAAAGCUUCUUUUGAAUGUCAAGCACAGAAAUGUCUCUUCUUCAGUGAUAAAAUGAUUUUGUUCCGUUCCUAGUUACUAGUUUUACUUUACUUUCUGUUAGUCACUUCCUGUGUAGAUUUUCACUCAAGAGAAAGUCUGAUAUCCACCCGACAAACGUCUUUUGUUGGUGGUGACCUACAGUAUGAACAAUGACAGUAAACUGCACAUUCGUCAAUUUUGCUUUUACGCACCAAUUUUUACCCACAGUAUAUGUGAUUGUUUUCAUUCUUGGACUUCUUGGCAAUGGUUUUGGACUGAAAUCUGUGUAUGAUAACUGGCAAAGAAUGGGUAAUGUAAAUAUCUUUGUCCUCAACCUGUGUAUGGCAGACAUCCUGUACAUCUUUACUUUGCCUUUUCUGGUGUGUUACUAUGCAUUGGACAGUCAGUGGAUAUUUGGAAGUGUUUUCUGCAAAAUUGUAAGGUUCUGUUUCUGCAUCAACCUAUACGGCAGUAUUGGCUUCCUCACAUGCAUCAGCGUUUACAGAUAUCUGGGCAUCGUACACCCUUUAAGAGUCAAGGGCAGAAUUACAGAGGGGCACUCUGUGAUUAUUUCUUCGCUGGUUUGGUUUUUAGUUUUUCUUCAAUGUCUGCCUGAUAUGUUCUUUGAAAAAAACAGUCCGAUCGCAAACCAAUCCUGUUUUGACACAACUUCAGAUCGCAACAUUGAAGAAUACCUGAAGUACAGCAUCGGAAGGACGGUUUUUGGCUUUGGGAUCCCUUUGUUAAUCAUGCUGUGCUGUUACGGACAUGUGGCUUUUACUCUAUUGACUAAGAAAGAAACUGAUGUCAUUUUAAAGCUGAGGUGUCUCAGACUGGUCGUGAUCUUGACCUUGCUCUUCUCUAUUUGUUUCAUUCCCUAUCACGUUUUCAGAAAUUUCAACCUGGUUACUCGCAUCUCUAAGUUUAAAGGCAUGUGUCAGAAAUGGUAUUCUACUAUUUACAUCGCCAACCAGAUUGGAAAUGGACUGGCGUGCAUGAACAGUGCAAUCAACCCACUGGUUUAUCUCUUUAACAAUGAUGAACUGCUAAUGAAGUGUUUCAUGAGGUGUGGAAGAGUUUACCAAACUCAUGGUGUCUCCUCUGUGGUGAUGGAGUCACCCAUAGGACAAUAACUGAGGGAGAUGACAGCGUAACCAGGAUAUCUGUCUAACUUUUGAAGAAUGGACUCUGUGUCAUAACUUCAGUUUUUAUAUGAUCAUAUGAUCAGUAAAUGAAAGAGAUUUGAAACAGAUUUGCAUGAAUUUGGUUGAAUGUGUGAUUACAGUGUUAAUAAUCGAUCCAUUCACUACGUGACACAAUGUGCAUCGUAUGACAGGAAGUAUGCUUGUAAUAGUUUUCUUUGUGGUGCUCAGGGUUUUCACUUGUGUCAAUGCAAGGUCAUAUUUGUGGUGUAUCCUGUACAUCUUACUUUCAUGACAGAAAUAUGAUAGGACACAUAAAAAAUUUACUUAGUACCUAUGUCCUUUAUUACAUACUCCAACCACAAGAGUGUGCCAUCUGAAAGCUUGGCAACAUCAUGGUUUUGUCAGAAUAGCCUUUUAUGUUUAAUCCACAGAGACUGUAUUUCCUAAAAGAAAUAUAAGAAAAGUUUUUGUCUAUAUUUCAUACACCCUCCUCUGAAGUUCUUCUGUAUUUUCUUUCACAACUUCUUGUGUCAGAUUUGAAGUAUGAUCCAAGGAAUAAAGUGCACUCCUAGUCAACCACAGCAUAUUUAAAUCAAUUUAAGUAAUUUGAUUGCACAAGGUUCGCAGAAGAUAAAAGACAAAGAGUACAAGAAAGGAGAGAAAAGAGUACGCAAAAAGAAGACAACCACGACAAACUUAACACAGUAGAGAAGACAUCAUCAAUAACGCAAUGCGGAUGAUUAAUUUAAUUAGGCGACAAGAACGAACUUAUAAAACAUUAAUGAGUUGAUAAAAGAAAUGGCAAUGGCAAUAACACAUUUUUGUUUGAAUACAAAUUCACGGUUGAAGCAAUCUAAAUCUCCAGCACCAUACGAGAUGUUGUUGUACCCUGUGACAUUUGUUGGUACAAUUUUAAACUUGUUUUGUUUUGUUUAUAUGAUAUAUGUGUGUAUAUACCUGAUGUAUAUAUUACCAAGAAAAGGUGUGAUGAAUUUAUGUCCAAAUAAGGAGAGGUCUUGAAUAUUUCUUUGUGUAAUCAAGGGGUUCGAGACCAAAACCUCGUGGUGAAGACUGCUCGCUGUUAUUUUUAAACUUUGUUUAUUAAACCGAAGCCAUUUGCAUAUGGUGAUUCGUAAACUUCUUUUAAACAA